AUGGGUACCGUAUCAGAGGCUGGCGCUGCUGGGAUCUCCCAGGAACAAAACAAGGGCGAUAUGGCCAAUGAAUUGACUUCGACAGGCAAUGAAGAGUGCUCAACAAAAACGUCACUUCUCUUUUCACUUCACGAAGAAGUUGGUGCUUUAGCUAAAGCACUUCAUGUAUUCGAGAAACAUGGUGUCAAUUUACUUCAUAUUGAAUCACGAUCGUCUCGUCAAAAUAAAAGUGAUCAUGAAUUUUAUGUUGAAUGUGAUAACACGAGAGGCAGUGUUGCCAAUGCAAUUAAACAAUUAUAUAAAGAAUCGAAGUACCUUCAUAUACUUCCACGUGCUCAUAAAACAUUGGGUGAAUCUGUACCUUCGUUUCCGCGAAAAAUUCAUGAUUUAGAUCAAUUUGCUAAUCGUGUAGUCUCACUUGAUUCAGGAGUACAUUCUGAUUAUCCUGGUCUUCAUGAUCCGGUCUAUGUUAAACGCCGAAAAGAAUUCGCUGAUAUAGCUCAUCAAUAUCGACAUGGUCAAUCGAUUCCACGUAUUACUUACACAGAACAAGAAAUUGCAAUAUGGGGAACCAUAUUUCGUGAACUAGCUAAACUUUAUCCAACACAUGCAUGUAAAGAAUUUAACAAUAUUUUCCCAUUAUUGAUUGAGAAUUGUGGUUAUAAUGAAACGAAUAUACCUCAAUUAGAAGAUGUAUCACAAUUUCUUCAAAAACGUACAGGUUUUCGACUUNAAUGGCUCUUACUGCUUCUUCUUUCGUUAGUAGAUAUUUGCUAUGGAAUUACGCGCAAUGCUACUCCCAGUUUAAUCGUGAAAACCGCACAUCUCUCUCUAUCGGUUUCCUCUCUUGAAUUAUUAUAA